AUGGCCAGCAAGAAGCCGACACAUUUGCCGCUGUCGCCGUCCAGUGUAGCCUCGUCCCUCCCGAAAUCGCGGCGCGAGUCUGUCGCCUCGUCGUCCGUCACUCCCAGCCACGUCGAUAAAGAUCACCUCGCCCAGGCCCUCGACAAGAUCCAUACCUCCGCCAAGGAAAGGGAUGUUCUGACCACGUUCAACGACUUUGCCCCGUCGCCCGACUCGUCUACGGCCGCCGAGAACAAAGGGUUCACGGGAGACUUGGUGCAGAAUGGUAUCAGCGGUCUUUACUCUCGGUUCAAGGAGGCGGUAGGAGUCAGUGGUAGGGAUAGGUUGGGGGUGUACACGGGCAUGGAGCCUUCAGAAACAGACAGUCAAGAUGCUUCCUCCAAAAAGAGCUCGAGCACGACCGUGGCAACACCCAGGUCUGCCGCGCCUCCAUUACCCCGCGCUGAUACUGGCCGCUCGACUUCCACCUUCAACUCGAUGAUGACGGAUCCAAUGGCUUCUACUGUGGCUUCGCCGUCAGGUGCGUUUGCCAGCGAGAGUCAUACCCAGCAGCCUCAAUCGGCCAAAGCCUCAUUCGUAACCAACUUGGCAACCUCCAAGUCUGCCUCUUCUAGCCGCCAAAGUAUUCCGAAUAUGACGAAACCCACGGCCACUAUCACACCUGUGAACGUGAGUGCGUUCCGAGAAGGACCUCGCACGCUCUCCGCCCGGAAUGAGGAGGGGCAGGGCAGAGCGACUGGUAGGAAGAUUGUUAGUAGUGAGGGACAAACAGGUGUAUCAAACGCAGAGAUCUCGGCUUUCUACGAUGAUACCAAGAGUGCUCCGGCCGUCGACAAACUGGCAGCUUCUAGCCGCUCGAGGCGGGAUGAUGGCUUCACUGUGGACGGGAAUACCGAAUUGCCCAUCAGUCCUUUCAAGGCAUCAAAUCCGGCAGCGCCGGCUAAUUCUACUGUUCCCCGGGGGUCUUCGUCGGAACAUAGAUUGCUAUCACCGCCCACUCGCGCGACUGGAAGAGAUACCACGCGGCGCCCUGCGGUAAUCGAUCGCAUCAGAAGCUCGCAGGCUUCGGGUAGUCACUCGAGAUCCUCGUCCAUCUCCGCCGAGCCGAGCACGGUCAACACCUCUGCGCACGAUAACGUCCACCAUGACUCUUUUGCGCAAGCUGCGAAACCUCAGCGAACGAGGUCCGGAGAGAAUCGAAUCUCAGGCACAGUUGCCCACGAAGGCGCGCCUGGAGUAGUGAACGCGCAACUUGAGUUAAUGCGCAAGCAAGUCUUGAGCAAGGAUUUCUGGAUGGCUGACGAGACUUGCAAAGAGUGUUUUCUAUGUACUGCACCAUUCACAGCUUUCCGCCGCAAACACCACUGCAGGACCUGCGGUUGUAUUUUUGAUAGCAGGUGUACAUCCAUCAUCUCAGGCCAGCGGUUUGGGGUGCAAGGGACGCUGCGUGUCUGCAAACCCUGUCUGGCCAUUAUCCUUCAGAGGCAAGAUGGGAAUGCGUCGGAUGACUCGGCUGAUGAAUCGUAUCUGUCAGGGAUGUUCCGAUCAAAUCAACCAAAGUCGUCGCUCUCGUCCGUGGUCAAACAAGAUAGAGACGACGCCAGCAUAUCGGAAAGGACCGAUGUCGAUGAUGAUAGCAGAUCUAGGACUACGCCAAUGAUGGCCAUUCCGGCUACGAGGCGAAUAGGAGAAUCAUCAAACCGCCACUCUGCUGUUUUGGAGAUUGAUGCCCCGCAGUUAAUCAGGCCCAGCUCAUCGAGAUCUUUGAUGUCAAUGACUUCUAGCAGACCGCAGUCUUCCGGUCAAAGGCGCCAUCAUUCCAAGCACAAUAUAUGGAACCGCUUCAAGCCCUCGCCGGACGACAGAGCCCCCUUCCGGAGAUCCGCAAAUGAGGAAGUAGCCAAGAAGGCCAGCCUGUCUGCAUUUCAUGACGACAAUGUGAUUGACCCCGACCUGGCUCCGUUCAUGUCGGACGAGUCCAGUGGCGAUGAACAGAUGAGCAUCAUGGGUACUAUGGCUGGAAAUGAGCCGCACGCAUCCAGUACCGAUCACGAGAGGUCCAACUUUGGACAAUACCUGGGAGGAGGGAGGAGGAAUCGUACCAGGACCCAAGCUGAGAAGAGCGUAAGCGGCUUCAGUUUUAUGAGCCGCGGCGUUGACGAGUUGCAACCGAGAACCUCCAGGCGGCGAAACCUGAGUGUUGCCAGCGGACAUCAGGGGCAUCACUUGCGGUCUCCUCGGCCGAAGUCUUUCAUAAUGAAAGGCCCGUCAGGUUCGAAUGAGACCCUUCCCUUAUUCGACAGCCCGGGGACGUCUGAUGUGCCGCGCCUGACUCGAAGCUCGUCCAUGAAGGGGGAUAAAAAGCCUCGCGUGGAGCUUAAUCCUGCGAGUCUUCUCCAUGUUCGCAGGCUUCUUCGGCAACUUCUCCAUGACGCCGAUGUACCAAAUGCGGCUGCCUGGGAGAAGGCCCUGAUCCCUAUCCUGCUGAAGUGUACAACAUCUGUGGACCCCGAUAUUGACCGUGGAGACGACAUCGAUAUCCGGCACUACGUCAAGCUCAAAAAGAUCCCUGGAGGCAGACCGAGCGACACAUGCUAUGUGUCAGGUGUCAUUUUCACCAAGAAGCUUGCGCUGAAAAGCAUGGCGCGCCGCAUGUCUAAUCCUCGGGUUGUCAUCGUGUCUUUUCCCAUCGAGUAUCAGCGACACCAGCAACAUUUCAUGAGUCUACAACCAGUCAUAGAGCAGGAGAGGGAGUACCUCAAACAACUGGUGAAUAGGAUCACUGCCCUCCGACCUCAAUUGCUAUUAGUCGAGAAGAGCGUAUCCGGUCUCGCGUUGCAGUUCUUGUCGGAAGCAAAGAUCGCGGUGGCGUACAACGUCAAGCCUUCUGUGCUCUCUGCUGUUUCCCGUUGUCUGGAGACAGAGAUCAUCUCCUCCGUGGAUAUGUUGGCACUUCCGCCACACCAAUUCCAGACUGGCAAAAGCAGCGGAUUUGAAGUCAAAACUUUCGUUAACGAGGGGAUACCCGGCCGUAAGAAGACGUACAUCUUUCUGUCUAGCCACCAGGAAGAGCUAGGCUGUACAAUUGCUCUUAGGGGUGCACCGACACCCGUUCUCGCCAAACUCAAGUACAUCACCGAAUUCAUGGUAUACGUUGUAUACAACCUUAAACUCGAGUCCUGCUUGAUGCGGGACUCUUUUAUCCAGCUUCCAACGAGUGACCACCUCGCCAGGGGUUCCACCCAGUUUGGCGACGACAGCAUCCACUCAUCAGUGUCCCAAGCGCCUGACACGGAUGACCGACAGAGAACCCUCUCAACAACGGCACAGGAAGUCCCUAUCGCGAAUCAGAACUUGUCUGACUCCGAGGAGAAAGUCGGGGAACCGACGAACAGUACCAUGCCGCGAGAACUUCUUUCCCAGAACAUUCAACACACCGACAAGUUGGUAUACGUCCACGAGACACAUGCCCGGGCAUCUCAUGAUAGUCUUGUUCCAGAAGACAUCCCGAUGCCUACGUUUUAUAGCGACAUGGUGGCAAAGUACGACACGAAGAUACUUUCCGCGUCUCCAUUUGUGAAGUUUUCACAGCCCUACCUGCUCAUGAGGGCCCGGGAACAAGAGCGUAGGCUCGUACAUCUGAAGAGGCUCCGAGACCAAGACAUCGUAGAAGAGCGCGUUGAUGAUGAAAAACCCAAACCCCAAAGAUUUCAACUGAUCAAGCCGGAGAUGGUACUACAACCUGGCCAUAAAGCGCCUCGGCAGAUAAUGGAGGUACUCCAUGCUGUUCACGAUGCUGAGUACGAUAAGGCUCUCUACAACUACCAGACGCAGACGAGGUCAUGGGAACUCUAUAUCCAGGGCAAUUUAGACCUCUUUGAUCCCUACGCACACCAAAACAUUGUCGUCUUACAUUCGGUCAUCUGCACGGAGACGAAAAUCCCAUGCGUCGAGCCGACCUUGAUCGCCCUUGGCUUUUACGAUGAACAUACGGAUCAUGGUAACAACAUGGACCCGGAUUGCACACUAGGCCAGUACAUUGAGGAUGUCUGCUAUGGUGCUGACUCGACCUGUACAUCCAAUGGCUGUGAUAGGAAGAUGAGUCAACACCAUCGAACUUAUGUCCACGGCGAAGCACGCAUUACAGUCUUCAUUGAACAGGAAAUCAAGGGUAGACCUCGCCGAGAGAGCAUCAUGAUGUGGAGCUACUGCAAGGUGUGCAAGCGCGAGACCAGUGAGAUGGAGAUGUCCAAGGGAACCUGGAAAUACUCAUUCGGCAAGUACCUCGAGCUAUCCUUCUGGAGUAGGGGCACCCACUUGGUCAGAGAUGACGAUGUUGACGGCUGGAACUGCCCCCACGAUCACCACCGCGAACAUAUACGCUACUUUGGUCUGGAAGACAAGAUCAUACGGGUGCAUUACGAUCCCAUCGAUCUCUUGGAGAUUAUUGUGCCGCGAGUCCGAAUCACCUGGAAGGUCGAGCAUGACCUCAACAUGAAGAACGAGAUCUUCACACAUUGCCAAGAGCGGUGGACUCGAUUCACUGCUUCAGUCAAAGCCAGACUGAAAGCUAUCAAGCUCGAGAAUAUUCUCCCCGAAAAGUCCGAAGCGUGUAAGGCCGAGAUUGACCGACUUACGAAGAAGAUACAGGAUGAGCAUGCCUCCCUUGUGCGGAAACUGCAGGACAAGUACAUGAACUCCAAAUACUACGAAGUUAUCCCCUUUAAUGUGGCGCUCCGGGAGAUGCUUGUCAAGGUUGCUGAGUGGGAUGCAGCCUUUGCGAAGUUUGAGACAGACUUCCUACCAUCUGACAAGGACAUCCGGAGACUCACGAUGAUUCAGCUACGCAAGAUGUUUACGGACGAAUCGAAAGAGUCAUUGUCAAACAACGAGCCAGCAACUGAGCUGACGGACUUCAGCGAAAAGCAGACGCAAGCGAGCGUCUCAGAGAGCGAUGGCAAGCCGGACACACAGCCCAUUGAUACGAGUCCGAAUAUUUCCCAAACAGAUACCAGUGCAGAACUCACUCCUAGGGAUAUCCGAUCCCCGGAAGCGACGCUUGCGUCUGCAGCAGACGCAACUCGUGGAAGGGUCGAACCCUUAGAUUUAGCGACCCCGAAGACCCCCACUCGAAAUCUGCCACCUCGAGACCAGUCUGGUGGUCUUGUCGCGACACCACUGACAUCCGCGCCUACCGAGGUUGGGACUCCCCUGAGUAAUAUGUCUUUGCACGUGGUCCCGACUGGGCCGGUAUAUGCGGAGCCGUCCUUGUCGGUCACGGAACAGGUGGAACAAUUGCGUCGGCGGCAGCAGGCUGUCGUCCUGGACAAGGCUACUAUACCUGCGGAUAGUGCAGCAGUGGGCAUACCCGCCGAGCCUGCCAAAGUGGAACCGGAACGCGGCUCUUCUCGUAGGAUGGGAUUGGCCGUGUCACCGCCUAUGGUUCGUGCACUAUCUCAGCCAGUCAAUAGUAUACCAACGCUGCCCCGUACAAGCUCUGCUAUAGGUAAGAAAGUGUUCGGGGCUGGUAAGGACAAGGAUAGGGUCACUCCCUCCGAAAUACCACCUGGCAACGAACCUCGCAAGACCUUGACGAACGAAUCGAUCAAAGAGGGGAAGAAGAUGUUCAGCCUCAAGCCUCACCGGAAGGGCAACCAGUCAUCCAUCCCACGGUUUGUUGGGAAGAAGGACUCUAGGGUAUCUACGAUUCGCAAGCACUUUGAACAGCUGAGUCGGGAAUUCGAGAAGGAACGGGAGAAAGACCGCAAGAAGCGCGCAGCCAAGAUGUCCCAUUCCAGGCCGUUCCUCCAGCACUCCACAACCAAAGCUAUUGUCGAGGUUUACCAGGAUGUUGAUGACGCGGUGCAAGAACCUGGUCCGAUCGAGGAAGACCAAGUGAUUGAAAGAGAAAUGGGUGAGCCUAUUACCCAUGCCGCAACGGAGCCAAGUACAGCAGCUUCGGCAAUUGAUCAAACCGCCGAAGAACCACUCCAAGACCAUCGAUCUCGCUCAGAUUCGCCGCAACAAACCGAAGAGGCAGCAAACGAAAUUGAGACGGACGAUCAGACUCUCAACACGAGUCUUGGUCCCACAGAUGAUGAACAAGGGGAUAGCGAUACUGAGCACUCACUGCUUGACGGCACUACCCUCGAGGAAAUCGCCGAAUCGCUGGACUCCAGCACCGAGAUUCCUCUGGAGCUUCCCAAACACGACAAGAUGAACUUCAUCAAGGUACUCACGAACUUUUGGAACGAACGAUCGGCAAGCCAGUGGCCACCACUCGACUACCCGCUCAAUUCCACGGACCAUAUCUUCAUCGACUCGGACAUCAUUGUGAGAGAGGACGAGCCGAGUUCAGUGAUCGCAUUUGCUCUCUCCUCCGAGCACUAUUUGAAGACACUCCGCGGGUUUCAUUGCCGGAAGCCCGGCAAGGGCGGCAAGCUCUCCUCAGACUCGGAGGGCGAUGCGGCAACCGAGGUGCUUCCGGAUGUCGAGGAAACGAUCAGUGAGGGCCGCCUAGAGAACAGCCUUUUCAAUACUAUGAGCAGUCACUACAAGUACCAAUUCACCGAGGGGUCAGCCAAGAUGCUCGUAAAGAUUUUCUACGCCGAGCAGUUUGAUGCGCUGCGACGAAAGUGCGGCGUGGCCGAUCGCAUCGUUGAAUCCCUCUCCCGAUGCCUCAAGUGGGAUUCCAAAGGGGGCAAGACAAAGUCCGUGUUCCUCAAGACACAAGAUGACCGCAUGGUGAUGAAGUCGUUAUCCCCAAUCGAGACUGCGGCGUUCUUGAAGUUUGCGCCUGCGUACUUUGGCAUAAUGGCCGAGGCACUGUUCCAUGAUCUCCCUUCUGUUAUUGCCAAGAUGCUCGGCUUCUUCCAAGUCACCAUCAAGAACCCAAUGACCAAUACGGAAAUCAAGCUUGAUCUGCUUCUCAUGGAGAACCUGUUCUAUGACCGAGCACCAACGCGCAUCUUCGAUCUCAAAGGCUCAAUGCGGAACCGCAAAAUCCAGUCGACUGGUGAACCAGACGAAGUACUGCUCGACGAGAACAUGGUGGAGUAUAUCUACGAAUCUCCGUUGUUUGCCAGGGAGCACUCGAAGAGACUGCUCCGUUCAUCUGUUUUCAACGACACAUUGUUCCUGGCUCGGCAAAACGUGAUGGAUUAUUCUCUCAUGAUCGCCGUCGACGAGGUCAAGAAGGAGCUGGUGGUUGGCAUCAUCGAUUGCAUCCGAACUUACACUUGGGACAAGAAGCUCGAGAGUUGGAUCAAGGAUCGCGGCUUUGCGGGAGGCAACCGUAAUCGGCCAACGGUGACGAGUCCGAAGGAGUACAAGUCCCGGUUCAGAGAGGCCAUGGCAAGAUACAUCCUGCAGGCGCCAAACUGCUGGCAUCAAUUCGAUGCGCCGUUCAUGGCGCCCAGACAGCGGGGAGAAGGCAACAUGGCUGGCGAUGACGCAGCAGUGGGGAUCGCCGACUUUGGUGCUUGA